UACAUGGACAACCCAACACUACUGUGUGUUAUGUAGAACUAAAGAUGAGUUGUGGCGGGAGCAGCCCUUACCGUCUCAAUCUACUAACGCUCCGGCGUGGAGCAACCACUGAGCUUCCUGAGGAUCCCAACCAGGCCUUCAACCUGCUCCUAGAGUAUGCUGUGCAGGGUAAACACCAGGCUGUCAGCGAGCUGCUGGAGAAGUAUUACAAUGAUCAUCCUGCGGCUGUAGCUGCUCAUAUUUCUCUUGAUCCUGUAACUCCAGAACCAAAAUCACAUGUUUCCAGACGCCUGUCUUACUCGGAACCUAGGCCUAGACGGGACUUACCGUCUCGCAGUCGGAAUGCCACGUCUGUGUCCAUUGAUGAUGUGCAUGUUGAGAUAUUUGACAUCAACACGACCAAGAACCGCCAUGCAAGAAGCUUGCUUCACAUGGCAGUCAGUGCUGAACAGGGCAAAGUCGUCAAAACACUUCUCAAGUUUAAAGCAGAUCCUAAUCUAAAAGACAAAAUGGGCAUGACUCCGCUCCACAUUGCCUGCAGAAAGACUUCCAAUGAUAUUCUCCUAAAGUUGGUGUCAGAAGGGGGUGAUCCGAACAUCUGUGAUAACGAGGGGUUGCUGCCGUUACACUGGGCCGCCUCUUGUGGCCAGGUUGACAAUAUCAAGUCACUUGGUGUUAUCACCAGUAAUAUCAACCAACAAGAUAACCAUGGCCGCACUGCCCUGCACUACGCUGCUCUCAAUGGUCACUACUCUGUGUUGAAGUACUUGUUGGAUACCUUCUCCAAGAAGAUAGAUGUUGAUGUUACUGAUGAAAACAUCGAGUGUGCUCUUAUUCUUGCGUUAACUAAAAAGUAUGUCAGCUGCGUUGAUGCCUUGUUGAAGUUUGGUGCUUGCGUCACAUUUCGUAGCAAACACAACGAAAGUGCUCUUCAGCUUUGUCUAACAAAGAAUCUUUUUGCCCAAGCUUAUCUCGUCACAAAAGCAUAUCCGAGUUUUAUGAAAGAGUUGGAACAAGCUAUCGAAUGUAAUGCAGUAAGUUAUGAAGUUAUGAAGGAAUUUGUGGAGUACAUGUUUAGAGAGCACCCCGAAGAAGUGUGGGAUUUGUGGACAGACCUGAGGAAUGUUGUUAUCGACUGUGCUCAAGAUCUUGUCGACUGUCAGAGAACCGUUCAUAGUUUCCCUCUUUUUGUAAAGCUCCUUAAAUUUGUACGCUCCCUGGGCAUCUCAUCCGUCGAUCACAUCAGAAACAAAAGUAAGGUUCAAAAACGGAUGUUAUCAUUUUCCCCAAAAACACCUCAGCAAGAGGAAAAACUAAUACUCAACAGACAAAUUGAGAUAGAAACUCAGAAUAUAGCAAGUCACGGUGAACCCUCUAAAGUAGAUGCCUUUGCUGCGUUGGAUGAUGUGUGGAAGUUUCUCAACAAAUGGAUGAGACUUGUUAAAUCUUAUCAUUCCAGGACGAAAGAUGGCAGUAACUAUCGCUUUAUGAGACGGCCCUACGAGCUUGAUGCCAAUGAUUUACGAGACAUUGCUCCGCAACUUUGCUCACUUGUCAAAGGUUAUCACAUCUGGUCAGAAGACACGACGCAUUACAGGGAGUUUCUAGACUUUAUCUCAGAGUUCAGUUCCGUUCUGAAACUUUUCUUGACAUUCAACACUGAGCUUAUCUUUGGUCCACUGGACUUCCUCAUGGAUUCUCCAGUUGCUAUGCUUGAGUUUCAGAACAUUAGACGGGCUGUGCUGGACGUUCCUCUAGAGCUGAGAAAGAGUUGGUUUUACGACGGACUGUACGGCAACGAACCACCAGACAACCCUAACUUUCUCAGUGAAAAUCUGAACAUUUUCUUUAUAGACCGAGAUCAGAUAUUCACAACAUCAUGCGAGCAGGUCAUGAAUGCAGAUGAUAAAUUCCUUAGGGGCAGUCUGACUAUAAACUUUCACGGUGACGACGGCAUGGGGGUUGGAGUGAGGAGAGAAUGGUUUACUCUUCUCACUGAAAAAAUAACUGAUCCAAUGUAUGGUUUGUUUCAGCGGUAUAAUAACGGCCUUAACUUCCAACCUACCCCUUCCUCAAAAGUAAACCCAGAUCAUCUGCAACAUUUUGAGUUUGCUGGCAAGGUGGUCGCUCUCAUGAUUUACUACAAGAUAACUAUCGGGAUCCAUUUCACUAGAAGUUUCUGCAAGCAUAUUUUGGGGGAUCCGCUAGAUUUCACGGACGUGGCAAGUAUAGAUAACGAUUUGGCGAUGAGUUUGCAGUGGGUUAUAGAUAACGAUAUCUCAGAUAUGGUUGAGCUGACGUUUAGUGUUGAUGAACAAGAGUUUGGGGAGCAAGGAACAGUUGAGCUAAAGAAAGGAGGAGCAGAUAUAAUUGUAACUGAGGAAAACAAGGUGGAAUAUGUCAGGUUACUGACUGAGUACAAGAUGACCGGCUCCAUUAAGCCCCAGAUCAACAGUUUUCUCAGUGGGUUCUACAGUAUUGUUCCUAGGAAGAUCCUCGCCAUUUUCGGUCCUGACGAACUGGAACUUAUACUGUGUGGCUUGAGUAUUAUUGACCGUAAAGACUGGCGGAAAAACACAAAAUACAUAAAUUUCACGGCCGAGGAUGACAUGAUUGUUUGGUUUUGGGAAAUAAUGGAAACGUUUGAUCAAGAUGAACUGGUUGCUUUGCUGAAGUUUAUCACGGUUAUUCUCGAGUUCCACACGGUGUUCAGUCAGUUCGCUGUGAUUGGCAGCUCAGGUCCGAUCAAGAUCAGUAAGGGGAAUGGAACUGUGAACAACCUCCCUAAAUCAAGUGUCUGUUUUAAUUUGCUACUGCUGCCAGAAUACACUUCAAAGAUGCUGAAGGAGAGAUUGAAGACCGCUAUGUCGUAUGCUAGCAUCGGUUUUGAUCAGUGUUGACUCGUUAAUAACUCAGUUGAUUGUACAUUAGUGUUAGUAAUUGUAACACGGGAAGUUUUGACAUAGGAAAAUGUGCCGUCGUUUUAAAAUUGUUUUUUU